CGCACCCUUCCGACCUGAGGUCCCUGGUCAGAGACCAGAGGAGGUCAAAGUCUGACUGUUUGGUACCUCCCUGCCUUCAUCUGAGCUAUCAAUAUUUUCAGGAAAAAUGGCCACAGCUGGGAAGAUCAUCAGCUGCAAGGCAGCAGUAGCUUGGGAGUUCGACAAGCCUUUGGUGAUCGAAGAGGUUGAGGUGGCACCUCCUCAGGAGAAGGAGGUCCGGAUCAAGAUUGUGGCAACAGGAGUGUGUCAGUCAGAUCUCUACUUCCUGUUAAAAUGUAUGGACAAAGCUUUGUUCCCAUCAGUUUUUGGCCAUGAGGCAGCUGGUAUAGUGGAGAGCAUCGGACCCGGCGUCACCGAAUUCCAGCCAGGAGACAAGGUGAUCCCGCUGUUCAUGCCUCAGUGCCGAGAAUGUCGCUUCUGUAAGAGUCCAAAGACCAACCUGUGUGUCAACGGGUCAGCUGGUCAUAUUGAUGGGAAAAACUUUGAAAGCUCCAGGAUCACCUGUAAGGGGAAGAAACUGCUGCAGUUCCUUGGAGUUAGCAGCUUCUCUGAGUACACUGUGGUGAAGGAGUUGGCUUUGGCUAAGAUCGAUCCUGCUGCUCCUCUGGACAAAGUCUGUGUCAUUGGUUGUGCCAUCUGCACGGGGUAUGGAGCAGCUGUGAAUAGUGCUAAGGUUGAACCGGGCUCCACCUGUGCCGUGUUUGGUUUGGGAGCUGUAGGUUUGGCUGCAGUCAUGGGCUGCAGAGCUGCAGGAGCCAAAAGGAUCAUUGCCAUCGACAUCAAUCCAGAGAAGUUUGAAAAGGCCAAAAUAUUUGGUGCCACUGAUGUUGUGAACCCCAACGAUCACAGUAAACCCAUCCAUCAGGUGAUGGUUGAGAUGACCAACGGAGGAGUGGACUACUCGAUUGAAUGCAUUGGAAAUGUGGAAAUUAUGCGCAGAGCGUUGGAGUCCUGCAUUCCAGGCUGGGGUGUCAGUGUGAUUGCUGGCUGGACAAACAUGCAAGACAUCAGCACUGAGCCGAUUCAGCUCAUGAAAGGACGUAAAUGGACGGGCACCCUGUUUGGAGGGUUCAAAGGUAAGGACGGCGUGUCUCAGAUGGUUAAAGCCUACCUGGACAAGAAGGUGAUGGUGGACGAGUUAAUCACUCACAACAUGACUUUGGACCAAAUUAAUGAAGCAAUCACGCUGAUGAAGCACGGCCAGUGCAUCCGGACAGUCCUGAGUGUUUCUCCUCAGUGAGAUCAUCGUGGUUCUUGAUGACAUGAAACACCUGGAAUCAUCUCACAUUUUGAUUGUGACUACGUUGUUGCCAAUAUACCUGCAGAGUUUAAAAUGUCUCAGAAUAAAUGAGCUAUUUCCAUUUAGCUGUAUUUAUACUGAGUUGAACAGUGAACCUUUCUAGACUAUCUUACUUUUAGAAGCAGCUUUAUUAGCAGCAGCUUCUUGAUUGUGGUUGAGUUUGCUCAUUAUCUCAUCAGGCUUCCAGAGAUAAAACAGUUUAUGAAAGGUUCUGAAAUCAAGGUUUUCCAUCCAGCUUCUUACUUUGAGCGAUGUUAAAAAAAUAAACAGCUUUAGGCACAGAUUGGAAGUUGUGACGAGAAUAAAGUGAAUUAUUUGCGUCUGGGUUGUCUCAUUGUGAAUGAAGCCUGCUAGACUCUUUAGACCCCGGCAGGGAUGGACGGGGUAAGUAGCAUUUAAUAUAAAGCUUAAAAUUAAUAAUAUACAUUUGUAAAUUUUUUACUAUUGCAAAAAAAAUAUGUUGAAAGGAAAUAUUUCUAACAGUAAAGCUAGCCUUCUGAUGAAAAGUAGGUACACUCUCUUUUAAUCCUGUGGGUUUAUAUGUUGGGAUGUAAACAUGAUCCUUUCUUUAUUAAAGAUAUUUAAACCUAACAAAAACACCCUGAUCCAGCCUGACUAUGUUUAAGGCUAGGCUUAAAACUUUCCUUUCCAUAAAGCUUAUAGUUAGACUGGCUUAGAUUAUCCUGAGCUACCUCUGUAGUUCUGCUGCUUCUGACUUCAGAAAACAGCUUUUUGUUUUUUGUGUCACUUCUCAAUAAACUGGACUGGGUCCAAUGGCUUGA